AUGUACAAAUCAAUUAAGAGUAUUUCUGCUCGUCAUAGAAGACGCCUUAAGCAGAAAUUAUUAUUAAAUGUUCCUUUGAACCACAAAAACCGUAGGGAUCAGGUAAGUUCUGAACUGGUUUCUGUUGAACAACAAAAUCUAGAGGUAUCCGCCUAUUGUAACAAGCACGACACACAGGAAGCUAAUUGUGCUCUCCCCAUAGUCCCCAUUGAGCCAAACAAUGAUAAUAUCUUUGAGUCUGAUCAAGAUUUUGACUUGGAAGAUCUUUUAUCAAAAACCAGUUCAGAAGUAAGUAGCUGUGAUACUCUAAAUAGUAAUGAUUAUACGUUAAAAGAUCAAGGAAAUGGUGACUCUUACUUGACAUACGAUUUAAAAGAUUGGACUCUCGAAUGCAAAUUACCCCAGACUCAUAUCACUAAAUUAUUAGGUGUUCUUCGAAAAUAUAACAUAAAGGUACCACAAGAUGCACGAACUUUGAUGAAUACUCAAAGAUAUGUAAAUACCAUUAGCGUUCCUCCAGGAAAUUAUAGUCACCUUGGAAUAAAAACACAAAUUUUAAAGCUUCUUGCAAUUUUACCUCAAGAUUUUCAAAUUCCAUCAUGCAUAAAAAUUGUGAUAAAUGUAGAUGGUUUACCAUUAAGCAAAAGCUCAGGCAGCCAGUUUUGGCCUAUAAUAGCCUGGUUUGCAAAUUCAAAUUUUGAAUGGAUUUUUAUGACAAAAACAUUUGUUGUUGGAGUUUAUCAUGGCUAUACAAAACCAAAGUCACCUAAUGAAUUUUUAAAUCAGUUUUGUCAAGAAAUUAUAGAACUACAAGAGAAUGGGUUUUUAUUUCGAAACAGGACAUUACAUAUUAACAUAAGUCAUAUUGUCUGUGAUGCACCUGCUCGAGCCUAUAUAACAUGUACAAAGAGUCACACAGGGUAUCAUGGUUGUUCCAAAUGUAUACAGGAAGGGGAAUUUAAACUAAAUAGAAUGACUUUUCCUGAUCCUAAUAGUACUCCUAGGACUGAUGAUUCUUUUCGAACAAAAUCUGAUGAGUAUCAUCAUACAGGUAUUUCAUUACUAGAAAAUUUAAAUAUUGGAAUGGUAACCCAAAUACCAAUUGACUAUAUGCAUCUUGUUUGCUUAGGGGUUACCAAACGUUUAUUUCAAUUUUGGCAUAAGGGUCGCCAAGAUGUGAGAAUACCCACAUCUCUUUUCUCAGACCUUUCAGAAAUUAUUGUCAACUUUAAGCAAUAUAUUUCCUCAGAUUUUUCACGAAAACCUAGAACACUAUUUGAAGUAGUUCGAUUUAAGGCCACUGAAUUUAGGCAGCUUUUGCUCUAUACGGGGGUUGUUGCUUUGAAAGGUAUUUUAUCAGAUGAUCAAUACAGUAACUUUUUACAUAUUUCAUGUGCAAUAAGAAUUCUUAUAACACCAGAUUUAUGCAUGGAGUUAAAUGAAAGUGCACAAAAUGUAUUACAUGAUUUUGUUGUAAGUUAUGGUGAACUAUAUGGUUGA